GUCGAGGCAGUGAGGUGGCUAGCUCGAUACCACAACCUGAACAAUAGCAUGGGAAUGCCAGUAUUUACCGUCCCCAUAGCUUUCACGUAUUGUUGAAACGUUCACGGUAAUAUUAAGAAAAUAAAUUGUACAAAAGCGUUACUCGGCCGUUUGCGGCUCCGUGUAAAUUUAACGUAACUUAGCAAUGGUAGCGUUAGCAUUAGCCUUACGCUAGGGACGCCAGUUAGCCGCUGAGCAGCACAACGUGAAUUGUGUUUAUAGAUUGUGAAAAGUAUUAUUUAACAACGUAUAAAUCAUGGGUACCGGUGCUGAUGUGAGGGACAUACUGGAGUUGACUGGAGGGGAAAAUGACGGUCCCAUCAGCAAAAAAGACCUCAUCAACUCAGACAAGAAAAAAACCAAGAAGGCAACUGAAACGCUGACCUUCAAGAGACCAGAAGGAAUGCACAGAGAGGUCUAUGCUCUGCUGUAUUCAGAUAAGAAAGAUGCCCCCCCUCUGCUGCCAAGUGACACGACUCAGGGCUACAGGACAGUCAAAGCCAAACUGGGCUGUAAGAAGGUGCGUCCCUGGAAGUGGAUGCCCUUCACCAAUCCAGCUCGCAGGGACGGGGCCAUAUUCCACCACUGGCGACGUGUUGCAGAAGAGGGCAAGGACUACCCGUUUGCCCGCUUCAACAAGUCGGUGCAAGUGCCAGUGUACUCCGAACAGGAGUAUCAGAUGCAUCUCCAUGAUGAUGGCUGGACUAAAGCAGAGACAGACCACCUAUUUGACCUGUGCAAGCGCUUUGACCUGCGCUUUAUAGUUGUCCACGACCGUUAUGACCACCAACAAUACAGAAAACGUUCUGUGGAGGAUUUGAAAGAACGUUAUUAUAAUAUUUGUGGUAAGCUGACCAAGGUCCGUGCAGCUUCAGGGACAGAGCCCAAGAUUUACAUCUUUGAUGCUGGCCAUGAAAGGCGCCGCAAAGAACAACUGGGGAAGCUCUUCAAUCGCACACCAGAACAAGUGGCAGAAGAGGAAUAUCUUAUUCAGGAGCUAAGAAAGAUUGAGAAUAGGAAGAAAGAGCGAGAGAAGAAGGCUCAGGAUCUGCAGAAACUCAUUAAAGCAGCUGACACAACUACAGAGUUGAGGCGAGCUGAAAAGAGGGUUUCCAAGAAGAAGCUCCCACAAAAAAGAGAAACAGAAAAACCGUCGUUUCUUCUUCAGGCUGUACCAGAGACAGCAGGCAUCAAAUUCCCAGAUUUUAAAUCGGCGGGAGUUACACUACGCAGCCAGAGGAUGAAACUACCAAGCUCGGUGGGCCAGAAGAAGAUCAAGGCCAUUGAGCAGAUCCUGAUAGAGCAAGGAGUAGAUCUCAACCCCAUGCCGACAGAAGAGAUUGUACAGAUGUUCAAUGAGCUGCGUAGUGACCUGGUGCUGCUCUAUGAGCUGAAGCAGGCCCACAGCAAUUGUGAGUAUGAACAACAGAUGCUGCGUCAUCGCUAUGAGGCCCUGCUGAAGGCCGGGAGUGGAAGUGGGUGUGGUGGGAGUAUAGGAUUGGGUCCAGCUGCCACACUGCAGGGUGGGGAUACCAAUGCCACCAACAGCACCACGUCGUCCACACCAGGGGUGGAAGUCCAGACCUGGCCCAGCGCAGAUGACAUCAAGGUGGAAGCGAAAGAGCAGAUCAUUGAUGUUGUAGGAGCGCCACUAACCCCCAACUCACGCAAACGUAGAGAAUCAGCAUCCAGCUCGUCAUCAGUGAAAAAGGUGAAGAAGCCUUGAUGAGGACGAGAGUACCAGCUGACAUACGAUGGAGGACAAAGGGAAUGGAGAUGCUAUGAGUUUUGUGUUUGGACAGUAGAGACACGGGGUGAGCAGGAUACCAUGUUGUCCAUUUAUGUACAAACACCAUGGACAACACGUACACACAGACACAGCUUUGCAGCUACUGACUGGACCUCUACAAUCCCUCCCCAUCUGGCUUGCCCGCCAUCGCUUUUACAAAGGCAACGACUGAGUGACAUUUCAUUCCAUUACUGCUCUUCUCCUUGCUUCCAUCAAAGCUCAGCCUUAGAUGAGGCAAGAUCAACUGUAAAUUGCCAGGCCGAGCUAAUCGGGACAUGGGGAAGAAGGUUGGAAUGACUUGGUAAUUGAAAUGAAUUGGAAUGAAAGAACACACUCUUGGAGUGGGAGGACCUCAAGCUGCAAUGUUCAUUUGACCCAUAUGAGGUUUUUUUCUGGCCUAAUCAUGCCAUAGUGUUUACUGGAAAUGUGUUUUUGUGUUAGCCUGUAGUACCGGCUCCCUCUCGACACAGAGUGCAUCUUCCUUUCUCGUGGAUACUGCUUCCAUCUGUUAUGCGUUUUAUGUGUGGACUAGUGGGGGUGAUUUGUGCUCUUUGUCCUUAGGUGACCUUGAAGAUGCUUUCGUCAAUGAUUCAAUAAACCCCAUUGUUUUGUUUUUA